AGAGAUUAAAUGGCCACAGCAGACAAGUGGAAUUAGGCUUUGCUGUGGAGACUUCAUUUUUUUUCUCAGUACCUGACCCGAUUAUGAUGAGGUGGCUUAUGAAAGUAUGAUGUUCGCUUAUUUCUUGACAGGCCACAGUAAACACAGGUGUGCAGAAACCGUUUGGCAUGGAAGCCAGGGAGCUUGGGAGCUCCACACCCACCUACCAUCUCAUUCCUGAGGCCAGCCAGCCCAGUGUGGAAGAAGAUGUCAGUUUGCCACCCCAAAAGUCCCCAGAAACUAUGCAGCUGAAGAAGGAGAUCUCCCUGCUGAAUGGGGUCAGCCUGGUGGUGGGCAACAUGAUCGGCUCAGGGAUCUUUGUCUCACCCAAGGGUGUACUGGUGUACACUGCCUCCUAUGGAUUGUCGCUGGUUGUGUGGGCCAUUGGUGGGCUCUUCUCUGUUGUGGGUGCCCUUUGCUAUGCAGAGCUGGGGACCACCAUCACCAAGUCGGGGGCCAGCUAUGCUUACAUUCUAGAGGCCUUUGGGGGCUUCAUUGCCUUCAUCCGCCUGUGGGCCUCACUGUUAAUCGUUGAGCCCACCAGUCAGGCCAUCAUCGCCAUCACCUUCGCCAAUUACAUCAUCCAGCCCUCCUUCCCCACCUGUGAUCCCCCGUACCUGGCCUGCCGUCUCCUUGCUGCUGCUUGCAUAUGUCUGCUGACAUUUGUGAACUGUGCCUAUGUCAAGUGGGGCACACGUGUGCAGGACACGUUCACUUACGCCAAGGUCCUAGCGCUCAUUGCCAUCAUUGUCAUGGGCCUUAUUAAACUGUGCCAGGGACACUCUGAGCACUUUCAGGACGCCUUUAAGGGUUCCUCCUGGGACGUGGGAAACCUCUCUCUUGCCCUCUACUCUGCCCUCUUCUCUUACUCAGGUUGGGACACCCUUAAUUUUGUAACAGAAGAAAUCAAAAACCCAGAAAGAAAUUUGCCCUUGGCCAUUGGGAUUUCUAUGCCAAUUGUGACGCUCAUCUACACCCUGACCAACGUGGCCUAUUACACAGUGCUGAGCAUUUCAGAGGUCCUUAGCAGUGAUGCUGUGGCUGUGACAUUUGCUGACCAGACGUUUGGCAUGUUCAGCUGGACCAUUCCCAUUGCCGUUGCCCUGUCUUGCUUUGGUGGCCUCAACGCAUCUAUCUUUGCUUCAUCAAGGUUGUUCUUUGUGGGCUCCCGUGAGGGUCACCUCCCGGACCUUCUGUCCAUGAUCCAUGUUGAGCGUUUUACACCCAUCCCUGCUUUAUUGUUCAAUUGCACUAUGACACUCAUCUACCUCAUCGUGGAGGAUGUUUUCCUGCUCAUCAACUACUUCAGCUUCAGCUACUGGUUCUUUGUGGGCCUGUCUGUUGCUGGACAGCUCUACCUUCGCUGGAAGGAGCCCGAGCGACCCCAGCCUCUCAAGCUGAGCCUAUUUUUUCCCAUCGUGUUCUGCACAUGCUCCGUGUUUCUGGUGAUUGUGCCUCUCAUCAGUGACACCAUCAAUUCUCUCAUUGGCAUUGGGAUCGCCUUCUCUGGGGUCCCUGUCUACUUCAUGGGUGUUUACCUGCCAGAGUCCCGGAGGCCACUCUUUAUUCGGAAUGUCCUGGCUGCUAUCACCAAAGUCACUCAGCAGCUUUGCUUUUGCGUCCUGACUGAGCUAGAUGUAGCUGAAGAGAGAAAGACUGAGAGGAAAACUGACUAGAGGCCACAGCUGACUUCCCCUGAGGCCUGGAAGGCUGGCCACAGCUACCAAAGUCCAAAUAACAAGACUAUGGUCCCAAACCUCCUGGAUUAAAGGAGCCUGUUGACCCACACUAUAUAAGGGGGUGCAGGGCCAAUGCUCAAUCUCAUUGGUAAGCUAUAGGAGGAGACUCGGAGUCUGGGGUCAGCCUGAAGAUGAGGACUUCAGGGGAUGGGGGGAGGUUGGGGAGCUGGGGAAUGGUCCUUUAGUUUUGCUCCUGGAGGGUAAGUGCAACCCUGACAAACACUUCCUUGGUAAGUUGCAGUGGGGGCAGAGGGAGUGCUACGUUGAUAGCUAUGGAUGGUUGGUUUCUGAAUUGGAUAUUUGAGGUUGAACCAGGAGUCCCUACAGAGGGGCUGCUUUAUGGGAAGUUUUCCUCUGACCAGAUCCAGGCACCUGACUAUAGAGGCCUAAAAUGCUACCAUUUCUUCCUCUGGCUCAAAAUCCUUCCCUGGGGAAAGUAUUUCAUUAAUUAUUGACAUUUAAUCCAGAACACCAAUUCUAGCAAAGCAUUAGUGUUCAUUCUUCUAUAGGACACAAUAGGCUGAUUGUGUUUAAAAAUCAAAGUACCCCAAACCGAGUCCCUCUGCCCUCAGAGGUAUGUGAUGGUGGGUCACAUACUCUGACCACAGAUUUUGUGCUUAGUUUAGUAUAAUCUUCUGUUGAGUCUUACCUGCAAAGGUAAACUUUACAGAUUUUUUUUAUUCACGUACCUGGUACACUUCAAUAUAUAGAUAGGUCACAUGCUACAAUUACCUGGUUCAGGUCCAACAAGGACAAAUGAACAAAUUAAUGAGUCAGAAGUCUGGUGAUACUGCUAUUUUGAAGGAUAAUCCUUUAUUUUACUUGAGACCUUAGUUUUUAGUUGAUAGAAAGUAAAUCUCUGGACUUCUGAUGUGAACUUUAAGAGGGCUGAAACUUCUGGAAUUCAGGUGGAUUACCUGAAUUCUUUCAGCUGUCAAUGGCUUGGAGAACUUCUCAUGGACCCAAGUCAUCAAAUAGCUUGUUCCUCUGUACGGGCUGGUGUGAGGGACUGCUGUGCAGACCCAAGCAAGCCCACCUUGGUGCUAGAAGUGGUCUUUUCUGAAAACCUCACACCAGGCUGCAUCCUCCUCUUCUGUCCCUGGCACCAGGCUUUGUUUACACUCUGAGCUGCCUUGGUGUGGGUCAUUAGGAUAGUGAACUCCUCUCCAGCCCGCCUCUCCUUGCUCCUGAGGUCUGGUGGGGCUGCAGUCUCAGGAAGAGCUUGGUACUACUGGGACUUCUAUCUUCUCCCAGUGGAGAUCAGUGAUGACUGGGAGAAAAGCUGCUUCAACCUCAAUCUGGCUCCUCAGCAGACUGCAUGAAUGGAAACAAUUCUGGUGCUCAGGCUAGGCUUCAGCACCCAGGUCAGGCCAGAACAGCAGAUUUGGCCUAAUAGAUCUUCCUUCGUGGGCAGGAUGGCUGCAUUGGAUUGUACAGCUAUUCUGUGAUGCCCCCAGACACUGUCAUCCUGAGCCCAGAAGAACCUGCUGGCUUGGUACACCCCAUGUCCUUAGGUUUUGGAAUUGGUUAAUGGUAAAGACAAGAACUGAGGCAAUCUCCUUUUCCAACCAUUCUUCUCCCCCAAACUGAAUUGGCCCCAAUCCCAGACAAGGGAUUAACCUUGGCCAUAUACUUGCUCAAUAAAGAUUUAGGGGAGCAUGAUUACAGUAGCUUUUGGUUCAGGGCAUGCAUCUGUGAGAACAUGGAGGGACAUUCAUACUGUCAUGGGUUGGGGAUUUACAUAGCAAAUUCCUACCUGACAACAGGGAGUCUUGUGCAAAGGUUGACUUGCCUAAACUAUAUAAACAUGAUUCCUGACUGAGCCAAGCUGGCAUCUGUACUAGGGGUCCUCUGGAGCUAAUCCUUUAAGCAGAGCGUGUUUGUCUUGAUGAUCCCUGACCCUAGCUUUAGCUUUCUCCACCAAUAACCGGCUAGUCCCAGGAAUGUGCUGCCUCCCAGUGGCUUUUACAGGAAGCAAGGGCCUCACACUCCAGGUGCCCUAGUACUGGCUUAGUGAGCCAUGCCAUCCUCUUCUCAUUACUGGAUGGUGACAGCAUUCUUCCCCUCUGGGCUGGAUACAGACUUCUCCCAGGAACCCUUCUGUGGGAGGGAAGCCAGAGACUCCCUACAGCACUCCAGCUUCAUGACAGAAUUAAAUUCCACCAGGUCUUUGUUGUUUGUCUCCUUAAA